AUGACUAGAGGAGGGAUGAAUGCUUCGAAAGGAACGAUUCUCAGCCGAGGUCUUUUGAAAUUUCAGAACAUGAUUGACGUACCCUACAUGCGUAAAAUCCACAGAACAAUUGGAGAAAAUCUCUUUGUGUUGUGGCAUGCAUCGAAGUCUGGUACUAGUGAGAAGCAACUGAAAUUAUUAGAUUCUUACUUUGGAAAACUCCGAGAUGAUGUAAGUCAGCCCUCUUCAAAUUCUUGUAACAAGAGGACAGAAUUAGCAGACGAAAGUGUGAAAAUCAAUGUAAAGGAGGAGCUGGAAUAUCUAAAUGCUUAUCUUGACAAGCUUGAUAAAGAUGCAAACUUAGAGAAUAAUGCAUCACCAACUUUUGAUCAUGAAACUACCGAGGAAAAUCCAGUAGCAAAACCAAUCUCAGUCAGUAAAGAAUCUAGAGGAGACGAUGAAGAGAAACUAAAAACUUUCAGGAAGCUGAGGAAUAAGAGUGUUGAAAAUGGUUUGAGGAGGUCUGAAGCUUUAGACCAAAAUGAUGAAACCUCUGAUCUCUACUUAAUGUAA